CAUCCCAAAACAUUACAAAAAGUUCCAAUGGCUUCUAAGGCUCUUGCAGUUACUGCUCUUCUUAUUACCCUUAAUCUUCUUUUCUUCACCUUUGUUACCUCCACAAAAUGUCCACCAACUACUCCUAAACCCCCAAAAGUCCCUAAAUCCCCAAAGAAGGAUCCUGCCGUUAAACCCACUUGUCCUACCGACACACUUAAGCUCGGUGUUUGCGCAGACUUAUUGGGCCUAGUUAACGUUGUUGUUGGUUCUCCACCAAAGACUCCUUGUUGUACACUUCUUCAAGGUCUUGCUAAUCUUGAAGCUGCGGUUUGUCUCUGCACCGCUCUUAAAGCCAAUGUCUUGGGGAUUAAUCUCAAUGUUCCUGUUGAUCUGAGCUUGCUAUUGAACUAUUGUGGCAAGAAACUUCCUUAUGGUUUCCAAUGUGCUUGAAGAUUUGAGACUUAAAAGAGAAAAAUCUCUUUGGUUUGCAAUGUUUUUAUCUGUUUGUUUCUACUGAUAUCUAUUGUUUUUGUGAGAAAAUGCAAAUUAAUCUCCAACCUAUUGUUCUCGCAUGUUGAGUUUGAUGUAAUGCUUGAGUUUGUUAAUGAAAUUUUUAAUGUACU